ACACACAAGGAAGAUAAGUCUAAAGAAAUCUCUAUUGGUGUUCAUCCAAAAGAUGUCAAUAACCUAUAAUCUAUGUCGCCCUCCACCAUUGGAAGUUUGGGCAAUGGAUCCAAGGAACUUCGAGAAGCUGUGCCGACUGUGGGAUAUUUAUCUAGUCAAUGAAGAGAACAACAUUUUGUCAAUGGAGAAAGCAUUGUCACUGCUUCUGCAAAGGGACUCAACACCAGUAGAAGGUUGGGAUUGGGACACUAUCGCCAGGAACUGGAUUCGAUCGGUUAUGAGCAACAUAAAGCUCGACAGGGGAGAAACUGGGGUAGGAGUUUUGGGAGGAGCAACUUUCACCUUAGAUAGUGUGGGUUCCGAAGAGCAGCUGGUUUCUCAACAAGAUGUCACUACUGGGAAGUAUGAAGGUCUUCCACUUGAUUAUUUGACGGAAGGAGGGAUUGAGAACCCAGCUCGCGCCUGGGUUCGCGACUUGGCAGAGAUUGAGAACCCAGCUUGCGUCUGGGUAUGUCGCGAACCCAGGCACGAGCUGGGUUCAUUGCCAACCCAAUCACACGAGCUGGGUUCAUUGCCAACCCAGUCACGAACCCAGUCGCGAACCCAGUCGCGCAAGCUGGGUUCAUCUUGGGUUCGCGAUGAACCUAGGUGCUUGGGUUCAUCACAAACCCGCAAGCUGGGUUCGCCUGAAGGGUUUAAUGGCCCUAAGUUUACUUGGGUUGAUAAUAGAAAUGCCAAUCAACUAAUUUGGGAAAAACUGGAUAGAGUGUGGGGUAAUCCAUCUUGGAGGAUUAAAUUUCUCGAAGCUGCUAUCUUUCACCUCCUGAGACUCUCCUCUGAUCACUGCCCAAUUAUGGUUUCGCUUCAUCCUACUGUCUUGACCUUAGGAGAUAAACCGUUUCAUCUUGAAAAGUUUUGGUUAGAUCAUGAAUCCUUUAAAGAGUUGGUUGCUUCAGAAUGGGUUCACACCAAUCUCUUCAUUUCGGAGUGCUCUGCACAUUUUAAAAAUUCUGUUUGGGUGUGGAGCAAAACUGUAUUUGAUAAUAUUCAUAAGAAAAAGAAGGAGAUUUUGGCUCAUUUAAUGGGCAUUCAAAAGGCUCUUCAACUCAAAAACAGCUCCUUUCUCUUCAAUUUAGAGAAGGAACUAAAUCAGGAAUUUCAGCACCUCCUCAAACAUGAAGAGGACUUAUGGUUUCUUAAGUCUCGUACUCAAUGGAUUCAUGAUGGAGACAAAAACACUAGGUUUUUCAUGUCUCUAUUAUCAAACGUCGAUCCUAAAAUAGAAUUAUGGGGCUUAAGGACCUUCAUGGAUCUUGGACUUAUGAUCUUGAAGGAAUCCAUAACAUAGUCCUCUCCUACUUUAAAGAUCUAUAUACUUCCUCCCUUGAUCGUUCAUUUCAUGAUUCUUUUAGGGAUAUUGCAAGGGGUCUAAUUGUUGAUUACUCUGAAUGGGACCUUCUCACAUCUCCUCCCUCUAGAAGUAGAAAUCUGGUUAGCUGUGAAAAUUAUGAAAGCUUGGAAAGCCCCAGGUCCUAAUGGGCUUCAUGUAGCUCUUUUUCAUAAAUUUUGGGAGCUUAU